AUGACGACGGUAUUCUAUGGCGCGCUCAUCACCCCGGUCUCGCUCACGGAGCACCGCACACUGCCGCAUGCGCUGCUCGCGGUCGCGCGCGACACGGGAGACAUCGCGUGGGUCGAGGACGACGUGCACCCGAGCGCGCUGCAGGAUGCGCUCGCGCGCCACGGGCUCGGCGCGGAGGACGUCGACCUCGUCGAGCUCAAGCUCGGCGAGUUCCUGAUGCCCGGCUUCAUCGACACGCACAUCCACGCACCGCAGGUGCCGAACAUCGGGAGUGGCCAGCAGUACGAGCUCCUGGACUGGCUCGACCACGUCACGUUUCCGAUGGAGGCGCGCUUCGCGGACGCGGACUUUGCACGGCGGACGUACACGUCUGUGAUCAAGCGUACGAUUGACUACGGGUCGACGACAUGUUGCUAUUACGGCACGCUGCAUCUGGACGGCACAACGGCCCUCGCGGACGUGAUACAUGCAUACGGGCAGCGAGCAUUCGUCGGGAAAUGUAACAUGGACCGGAACUCGCCCGAUUACUACGUCGAGCCCUCCGCGGACGCGUCCAUCGCCGCCACGCACGCGCUCAUCAAGCACAUCCGCGCGCUCCCCCCGCCACCAGGCGGCGCAGAACCACUCGUGCGCCCGAUCCUCACGCCGCGCUUCGCGAUCUCGUGCUCGCACGAGCUGCUCGGGAAGCUGGGGACGCUCGCGCAGGCGGACCCGGGCCUGCACAUCCAGACGCACAUCUCGGAGAACGCGGGCGAGAUCGCGUUCACGCGCGAGCUGUUCCCGCCCGACUCGCUGCCCGCGCCGCCGAGGCCGCUCCCGGCGGUGAACGGGGCGGGGGCGAAGAGCGGGGGCGGGACGUACGCGGGCGUGUAUGAUGCGUUCGGGUUGUUGAGGGAGAAUACGGUGCUUGCGCAUGCGGUGCAUCUCGAUGAGGAGGAGGUGGCGAUCAUCAAGGCGAGGGGGGCGGGCAUCAGCCACUGUCCGACGAGCAACUUCAACUUGAGAAGCGGGUGUGCACGCGUCGGGAUGCUGCUCGACCACGGCAUUAAAGUGAGUCUCGGGACGGACGUGUCGGGCGGUUUCUCGCCCUCAAUCCUCGCCGCCAUGCAACACGCGAGUAUGUGCUCCAAGGUCGUCGCGAUGCAGUCGCCCAGUCCACCGCCCAACACGCGCUUCACCGACCGACAGCUACCGAUCGCGACGUUGCUCUAUCUCGCAACACAGGGCGGCGCGGACGUGUGCGACAUGCGGGACCGUGUGGGUUCGCUCGCGCCCGGGAAGGCGUUCGACGCGCUUGUGGUGAGUGUGCGCAGCGACGCGGGGAACCCGGCGACGUGGGGCGUGGACAUGGACCUCGAGCUCGGCGUGCGGGACGGGGGCAAGAGUGAGGAGGUCGAGCUGGAGAACUUCCUGGAGCGGUUCUUGUUUUGUGGAGACGACCGGAACAUCAGGCGGGUGUACGUGCAGGGCCGGUUUAUUGGCGGGAAGGAGCACAGAGCGUAG